AUUUCACAAUAUUAUGGCAAAUUUCUUAGGAGAAAGUUAUAUGGAUAUUGAUGAUCCAGAAGUUCACGAAGAUAAUGACGUUGACAUGAUUAUUGAAUCUUCGAGUAACAAAGAGGACGAUAAAGAACGUAACUUUUGGAAAGGCAGCACUAAUGCUAAACCAGACAAAUUUGAAAUUGAAGAAGGCUCGUUGGAGCUUUUACGCGUUUUUUAUAAGCGAUUUUUCCCAUAUAAAACUUAUUGUUAUUGGUUAAAUUAUAGUAUAGAUCCGAUGGACAAACCAUUCCAAAAUCGCGAAUUUAAUUUUGUUAAACCUGGUGAUGAUGAAGUUUAUAUGCGAUACCUUUCAUUCGAUACUAUCGAAGAAUUCAAAAAUGAAGUUUUAAGAGUUUGUCCAAAAAAAAUUGAUAUUGGCGCGGUCUUCACAGCUAAACCCAAAGAAAAAAAAUCAUUGAAACUUUCAGCCUUAAAGCCUGUUGAAAAAGAAUUGAUUUUUGAUAUAGAUAUGAAUGAUUAUGAUGAAUUCCGAACCUGUUGCAGUGGCGCCACUAUUUGUGAAAAAUGCUGGCAAUUAAUAGCGGUUGCUAUUAAAAUAUUAGACUCAGCUUUAAGAGAGGAUUUUGGUUUUAAAUACUUGCUCUGGGUAUAUUCUGGCCGUCGUGGAGUACAUUGUUGGGUUUGUGAUGAACGGGCACGUAAAUUAAGCGAUGACGAAAGAAAGUCAAUAGCUUCAUAUUUAGGAGUUAUUAAGGGAGGUGCACAACAAAACAAAAAAGUGCAUUUGUAUAAGAAUUCGUUACAUCCUUCAUUAACUCGCGCUCAUAAAAUAAUUGAGGAAUACUUUGAACGAGUUAUUUUGGAGGAUCAAGAAGUAUUGAAAGAUGAACGGGAAUGGACAAAAGUUCUCGAAUGUAUUCCAGAUGAUGGCGUAAGACGUAGGUUGGAUGAUGACUGGAGAAAAAAUUCUUCUAGGCAUUCGACUGAAAAAUGGGAUAAUUUGCUUGCAGAACUAGAAAGUUCUACAAAAAUGACAAAGAAUCAAAAGAAAGCUGAUUCACUUAGAGUUUGUAAAAUUGAAAUUAUGCUUCAAUACUUAUAUCCGAGACUUGACGAAGCAGUUUCUACAAAAAUGAUUCAUUUGUUGAAAAGCCCGUUUUGUGUUCAUCCAAGCACCGGGCGAGUGUGUGUACCGAUAAUACCAGAAGAAUGUGAAAACUUUAACCCUAUGGUAGUUCCUACGAUCUCCUCACUAUAUAAUGAAAUUAAUGAUUAUGAUAGGAGUCACGUAAAAAAUGACGGAGAAAGAAGCUUACAUGAUUAUGAAAAGACUUCUCUUAGUCCAUAUAUCAAGUAUUUUGAUAAAUUCGUCCAGAGUAUACUGAAAGAAACUUUGGCAAAGAAUAAAGCUGCCAUGCAAAUGUCUAUGGAAUUCUGAAUUCAGAUUACUAAAAGGGUAAUAUUGAAUUGCUGAUUCAUUAUUUUGUUAUAAACAAUAUUUUAAUUAGAGAGGAGUUUAUUAACGAUUUUCUUUUUAAAUAUCAAUU